UCAUUCAUAGAUUCUUAUUUUGUUAUAAUUAAUUCGUCAAUUCCUGUGAUUUCCCAAAAUCUACAUAAAUAAUUAAAAAUACCAAAUUACCUAGCGUCGUUGCUCAGUACUUUCAUAUAAAUACAUUUCACAGUGUCUCAUGUAUGUACCUUAAUAUUUUAACAUAAUAUCAUAUUAAUAUAUGUGUUUGCGUCAGUGAGUAGCGUCAAGAUUAUAUUAGUGUUUAAUAAACUUGUAAUCUAAAUAAAUUGUGUCACUAUCUUGUGCAGUAUUACAAACAAAAUCGGAUAGUGUGGCCUUUGAUAUUUGUAUUUUUCUGGAGUAAUCAUGGAGUCAAGAUUAGACAAUGGUGAUGAUGAAUCAUUCAUUGUACUGGGUACUUCCCCUGGUACAAGUCUGGAUUUAAAGUGUGAAGGCAUGAUUAAUGGUCAUGGAUCAUUUGACAAGAUUCAAAUGGAGGAUGCAUUAAAGGACCUGUCCAUAGAGGCAAAAUCAUCGCUGAAGGCACACUUCCGGUUGGGCGAUAGUCCAUCACCAGGCAGUCUUAUGGCCGCCAGCAGUAUAAUAACAGAUGAUAAAACCACAGAGGAACUACAGAAACGCUUUGGUGAACUGCUCGACGAGAACGUCAUAUUAAAAGAGACAUUGAAACAGAACAAUGACUCUAUGAAAGAACAGUUCCUGCUAAUAGCGUCCUGUCAGGAGGACAUGAUGAAAACCCACACGCUUCACAAGGAGAAGUUUGUUGAAACUAAGGAGUUAGUAGAGAAGUUGCGACACGAAAAUAAGAAGUUGAAACAAGACCUAGCACGCUUGGUUGACGUUGAACAGACAAACGGUGAAACAAGCAGAUCUCCGCCCAGUUCAGGAGUGGAAUUCGUUACGUCACCUGAUGAUGACACCAUCAACAAGCUGACUGCACAGUUGGAGCUAGUUGAGAAGCAAAGGAGACAGGUUAUAGUUGACAAUGAGAAGCUGACGUGGCAAAAAGAGUCGUUGGAGCAUGUAGUUGAUGCCACUACCAAGGAACGCGACGAUCUUAAAGAACAAUUACAGAAAGCACAACUACAACUUACAAGUAAAGAUAAUAAAUAUGAGAACCAUAUUCAAAGUUUAAACUCGAAUAUACAAGAACUGCAGAUCCAAAUCGACGCUGCUAAUAGUGUGUCAAGUUUGUCGUCGGAGGAAAUGACAAAACGUGAUUCAACGAUUCGACAACUGGAAGCGAAGGUUACGUACUUCCAGACGGAGCUCAAGGAUGCACAACUAAAGCUUCUAAAUUAUGAAAAUGUUAAGCUGGAGUACAUGAGACAAAAAUCAGCUCUGUCAGAGACUAUAAAAAUGUACAAAGACCAAAUAGAUGAUCUCAAAACUAAAUUAAAGGACACGCAAACUAUUACAUUCCAACCAGUGAGGGUGUCCAUAACUCCAGAUCAAGAGCCAUCGUCUUCCAGUAACGAACUUGCAACCUUCGCCUCUAAUAUCAAGCUGUAUGACAAAACGUUGAAAUAUCUCUCGGAGCAUCUAAAUGGAGUCACUCAUGGAUUGGUAGAUAACAUAGUGGAGACUAUGGGCGUAGUGGCCAGCCUGUGUGAUUUCAAAUUAGAGCGUGACACCACAGAGACGUUCAAAUCUGGUCUCAUUGAGGUCCAACGACAAUUGCAGAAACAACACAGCAACGCGUUAAAUAACAUAAGUCACAUUAGAAGUACAUUAUCAAUAUUUGAGGGUAUAUUCAAAGAUCACAAGGAACUGCUUCAAAAGGCCAGAAGUAAACAAGAAUGUGUAUCAAAUUCUCAAAACGUGGAGACACUUACAGCGGCACUGUUAGCUCGUGGUAGCGAGUUACAAACGGUGCAGGCCGAGUUGAAACAACUGCGUUUGGAUGUAGAGGACAACGGGGCAUUUAAAGUCCAAAUGGAAUUAUACAAAGCUGACUUCGAAGCAGAACGCGAGGCAAGAGAGAAAAUGGCCUGCGAGAAAGAGAACAUAGCAGCUGACUUACGCAACGCCCAACGGAGAAUAGAGUAUUUGACGAAUAUGCUGGAAGAAGCACGCCGAACGCAGUCGUCCCCAGCCGCGACCCCCACGCGGCCACCUCCGUCAUCACAAAAUGCCACCAACAGCACCAGAAAGGUCCACAAAAAGCAGAAAGUGGAAGGGAAAACAGAAGAGUUGCCUCGUGAGACGACGCCGCCACCGCAGAAGUACCGCUGUCCAGUGUGCGACAAGGAGUUCAAGACUAUGAUACUUUUACAGCAACAUGUCGACUCAUGUCUGCUUUGA